AUGUCCGGAGAUGUGGACGGGCUGUCACGCAUGCUGGAUGUUCAGGCGCUCGGCGUUCCCAUGGGCGGGGACGCCCCGCUCAACUGCGCGCUGCCGCCCUCAGCCCUGCACUUGGCGGCCGCGCACGGGCAGGCUGCGGCUGCCAAAGUCUUGAUCAAUCGCGGUGCGGACAUCAACGCAUGCACGUCCAGCGGCUACAGCGCCCUUCAUUAUGCAGCUGAACGGGGCCACACCGAUGUGGCGCGCACCCUGCUGGCGUGGGGCGCAUCCGCCAGUGCAGCCAACCGUUUUGGCCAGCAGCCGCUGCAGCUCGCGGCCUCCAAAGGCCAUGUGGCAAUCAUGCAAUUGCUGCUAAAGCAUGGGGCAUCGGCCGCCGGCGCCUGCGGGAAGCUGGCGCUGCCGCUUGCAGCAAACAACGCUGGCCUGUUGCGCCUCCUACUGCAGCGCGGUGCGCGCUUUACGCCUGAUGACCCUGCCGCCGGCAGCGCGAUGUGCUUCGCGGCGGCCUCUGGCAACGUUGCCCUGGUGCAGCUGCUGCUGGACGCAGGGGUGCCGAUCGACGCCAAGGGUCCCAACGGGCAGCGCGCCCUGGUGGAUGUGACGCGAUCUCAGUCGGGGUGUGCCCCCAUGGUCGCCGCCCUGCUGGACCGCGGCGCAUCAAUUGAUGCAGCCGAUGCGCGCGGCUGGCAGGCAGUCCACCACGCCGCUUACCGUGGGAGGCCAGACGCCUUGCGCGUGCUUAUCAGCCGCGGGGCUGACCCCAACGCCGCCUCUGUGUCUGCAGCCGCCACCGGCGCUGGCGCCGCAAAUCCUGCCAAUGCCGCCGCACCUGCAGCAACAGCAGCAUCCGGCAUCCGUCCCUUGCAGCUGGCUACCAUGCACAAGCACCUUGAUGCAGCCAACGUGCUCCUCAACAGCGGCGCCGACGCGUCGGCUGCAGACGCCUCUGGCCGGCAGGCGAUCCAUGAGGCCGCAUCUUGCGGUGCCAAGGCAAUCCUCUCCCGGCUGCUUGCGCGAGGCGCGCAGGCGGACGCGGCGACGGAAAAUGGCACGACCGCCCUGCACCUGGCAGCAGAAAAGGGGCUGAUGGGGGUUCUGCAUGCGCUUCUCGAUGCCGGAGCGGCGCCUAACGCCACCGACACGCGCGGCUGGACCGCCGCCCACUUUGCAGCCGCGGGUGCCAACAGCGAGGCGCUGCUCCACCUGCUGCAGCGCGGCGCCGACGCCAACGCGGCCGCCGCCGAUGGGAGGGUGCCGCUUCACAUGGCGGCGGCGGCGGGCGGCGAGGCCAGCGCCCAGGUCCUUCUGGACGCCGGCGCCCUGAUCGAUGCUGUCGAUGCGGAGGGCCUGCAGGCGCUCCACCACGCCGUUGCAGCCAAGGCACACGCCGACACGGCCGUCAUGCUGCUGGACCGCGGCGCCUCCCUGGAGGCGGCCACGCGCGGCGGCCGCACGGCGCUCCACUUUGCGGCCGUGUCGGAGAAUUACGACCUGCUGCAGGCGCUCCUGAGCCGCGGCGCCGACGUGGGUGCGCAGGACGAUUACGGGCUGCAGCCGCUGCACCUCGCGGCCGCCAACGAGAACACAGUGGCGAUGAGGCGCCUGGACGCCAGCAGGGCGCGCUUUGAGGCCGAGCACGCCGAGGCUGAGCGCGAGGCUGCUGCUCAGGCUCAGCGGCUGCAGCGGGCAACAGCAGCGGCAGCUGCAGCGGAGGCGCGCGAGCGGGCCCUCGUGGCGCUGGUGCACGAUGUGAUGAACAAGCACACGGCGCGGCUGGGCCGCGACCUUGGAGAGAGCGCGCGCCUGGAGGAGGAGCGGCUGCGGGGCCAGGCCAGGGCCAGGGUCAGCGCGGAGGAGGCGCACCUGCGGGCGGCACUGGCACAGGAGUGGGAGCGCCUGCGGCAGCUGCGGGCCUCGUCUGACAACGAGGCUCUGCGGCUGCGGCGGAUGCGGGACGAGGGGUCCUGGGGCUCAACACCGAAGCGAUUCCGCAGGCACAAUUAG